AUGCCUAAAAAACAGUGGUCUACCGUCGUAGCCAAUACGUCUACCAAAGACCGUGGUGAUAUUCGGCGAACGGGUGAUCCUACCUCCCAUCCCGAACUGGGCUAUCAAGGAGUGCAGACUUUGUAUGAAGCCUUUCGACGUGGACAAACCCUAAACCCGCUAGGGCCCUGUCUUGGGUUUAGGGCUGUCUCAAAAAGCAGUGGAAUGGCGACACCUUUUAUCUAUUCCUCCUAUACUGAAGUUCUCUCAAGAAUUGAUUGCUUUGCUGCUGGAUUGGAAACCUUGAAAUUGGUUCCUCCCACCGAUGACAAUCUGACCUUGGUGGGUUUGUACAUGCGCAAUUGCAUGGAAUGGUUCAUUGCCGAACACGCCAUUUUCUGUGUCGGUGGAGCUACUGUUCCAUUUUACGAUACAUUGGGUCCCGAGAGCGUUAGUUUCAUCUUGAAGCAGACCGGUACCAAGACGGUUGUUAGCACUAGAGAUGAAUUGGAACGCCUCUGCACGGUCAAGAAAUCUGGCGAGUGUCCCCACUUUGAGUACGUUGUCUUGGUGGACGGCGUGAUUCCCCAAGCCGAUGCCAUGGCCAGAGAGGCCGGGCUCCAGGUCAUGAGUUUUGCCAAGGUGGAAGCCAUUGGAGCGCAGACUAUUGCCACUACGGGCCACAAGCACAGUCCCCCCUCGGGCAAGGAUGUCUUUACUUUUUGCUACACCUCUGGGACUACCGGGAAUCCCAAGGGUGCUAUUUUGACGCAUGAGAAUAUUGUGUCGGCCAUGGCAGGGGCCAUGAAUGCGUCUCUUUCUCUUUCGAUAGCCGAUCGUCACUUGUCCUAUUUGCCAUUGGCACAUAUUUUUGAAAGAAUUAUCCAGUGCCAGGUGUACAUUAAUGGGGCCUCUAUUGCCUUCUAUAGAGGAGAUCCUCUCUUGCUCAUUGACGAUAUGCAAGCUUGCCGACCCACAGUGAUGCCAGCUGCUCCCCGAGUCUUGAACAAGAUUUAUGACAAGAUUCAAAUUGGCAUCAACGCAGCUGGAGGAUUGAAAAAGAAGCUCUUCGAUGCUGCAGUCGCCUCCAAGACACACAACUUGCUAGAGAGUGGAGAACUCAAACACCCAUUAUAUGAUGCCCUCAUUUUCAACAAGAUCAAAAAGGGAUUGGGAUUGGAUUGUCUCCGUCUCAUGGUUAGUGGAUCUGCUCCACUUUCCAAGACAGUCAUGAUUUUCUAUCGGAUCCUGCUUGGAAUUCCCGUCUUGGAGGGUUACGGUCAAACCGAAGGUGCUGCGUGCGCCACCAUUUGUGACCCCGAGGACAUGCAAAGUGCUGGACACGUUGGAGCCCCCAAUCCAGCCUGUGAGAUUGUUCUCGCCGAUGUUCCUGAAAUGGGAUAUUUGCAUACCGACACGAGCCACAAGGGCCAACCAUGUCAAGGACGCGGUGAGAUUUGGGUCCGAGGACCAGUCGUCUUUAAAGAAUACUACAAGGAACCCGAAAAGACUCGUGAGACGGUCGAUGAGGAAGGAUGGUUGCAUUCGGGAGACAUUGGUUUGUGGACGGUGGAGGGCCAGCUUCAGAUCAUUGAUCGCAAAAAGAACAUUUUCAAGCUAUCGCAAGGAGAAUACGUGGCUCCGGAAAAGAUUGAGAAUGUUGUGAUUCAAUCCUUAUUGGUUGCACAAGCGUUUGUCUAUGGGGAUUCGUUGCAAAGUGCUUUGGUGGCCAUUAUCGUGCCCGACGAAGAACCACUUCGCAGUCUCUUGGCAUCGGAUGAUUCUCUGUCGACUUUGGCUAAGGCUAGCUUUGCGGAAAUUUGCAAAAGUCCUCAAGUGAACAAGCUGAUUAUGAAUGAAAUCAGCCAAGAGGCCAAGAAGAAUGGAUUGAAUGGAAUUGAAACACCUAGGGCGAUUCAUUUGGAUACUGAACUCUUUUCGGUGGAGAAUGGAUUGCUCACGCCCACAUUCAAGCUAAAGCGCCAACAAGCUAGGGACAAGUACGAGAAACAAAUCGAGGAAAUGUAUGCGGCCAUGCCAAAACCAAGGAGUAAGAUUUAA